GAUUUCUCUAAAGAGACUUGCAGGUUACAACAGACUUGUUUACGAGUUUUUUUUUUAAUAUACGAUCCAACCGUUAUAACCUGUAACAUAUUUCUUUAAGAAAUCAAAGUUGGUUCUCCAUUAGUUUCCAUAAGUUGUUUUAGUAUAUACAGUCCAACAUUGUAUAACAUGUUCCUAAGACCAUGAUUAUCGCCGUAUGUUAUAUUGGGUAUCAGAAUAAAUGAGCAAUUAAAGAAAAGAAAAAAUGGCAAUUAUCACUUAAGACGUAUCUUAAUUAAACGACAAAAGACACGGAUGCUAUUUGCCACGCGUCGCAUUAUAGCGCAUUUGGGAGGAGAAAACGAGGGGAGCAAAGAUCAGUUUCAUCUCAUCGACGAAGUCAAGCAAAUCGUCGGUUCCUCUCCUUCUCUACUCCGAAUCAAAUCUCCGGUUCAUCUCCUACUCGACGACGAAUGAAAUCGACGGCUGCUCUCCUUCUCAAAGAGGAAUAAAAUCGAGGCCUUCUCUCCAACUCGAAGACGAAUCAAAUAAGAGGUGUCUCUGUUCGUGGACGAGGAAUCAACUCAUCGGAGACCAAUUUACUCUCCGGCGGUUCCGAGACCGCAAGCUUGAGAGCCGAAGACGACGCAUCAGUUUAACUUCAACUCGCAGAAAGGUCACGAGAGAUUAGGAAGGUUUGUCAUAAACAAGGACGAUCAGAGAUGGAUCAUGAGAGAUGAGCAAGGCUGAUCAUAAACAAAGACGACACGAGCAAUACAGUCAACAAGAUACUGUGUUUGAGUUAGGAGAAGAUACUGUGUUUGGCACACAGCAAAGCGAGGAGCAUCCAAACGUUGGUGACACUCCUUCAGGGCGUAAAGAACGAAGAACAUGGACGCAUACAGAUGACAUAGUCCUCAUCAGCUCUUGGCUAAACACGUCAAAAGAUCCCUUAGUAGGCAAUGAGCAACGUUCUGAUUCUUUUUGGAAAAGAAUUGCCGCUUACUUUGCGGCAAGCCCGAAGAUUGGAGUGGGUGAAGAGAGGGAGCAUGGUAACUGUAAGCAAAGGUGGCACAGGAUCAAUGAUCAGGUUAGCAAGUUCUGUGGCACGUAUGAGAAAGCCACCAGGCUCAAAACUAGCGGCCAAAACGACAAUGAUGUUCUCAAGGCAUCUCAUGAGAUCUUCUUAAACAACUAUAAGAAGAAAUUUACACUUGAACAUGCGUGGAAGGAGCUCAGAUAUGAUCAGAAAUGGUGUAGCCUGAGCACUUCCAAAACGGACAGAAGCUCUAAAAGGAGGAAGUGUGAUGAAGGUGCACAAUCCUCAGCCUCUCACGCCUCUGAAACCAAUACUGGUGAACCUGAUGUUAACAUUCGCCCCCCGGGUGUUAAGGCUGCAAAGGGGUAUGGUAAGAAGACCAAGGCGGGGAAGGUACUGGCUGAGUAUCAGGGUAUGUGGGAAAUCAAGAAAGAGGAAUUGACUAUCAAAGCAAACACGACGAAAAUGAAGCUACUUGAAAGGCUAUUUGCAAAACCUGAACCGCUUACUGAGAGUGAAGAAGUUGUGAAGAACAAGCUCAUCAAUGAGUUGUUUAAUUAGGUCAGCUCAAUGUCACGGGAGUGAAGCCUUGUGGGAGUGAAGUCUUGUGGGAGUGAAGUCACGGAGUGUAGUCAUGUGUCUGUCAUGUGUAGUCUUGUUUGUGUCUGGAGAAUUGCUUGUUGUUAUGUGUCACGUUUUGUUUGUGUCUGUCAUGUGUCACGUUUUGUUUGCUUUGUGUCAUGUUUUGUUUUGUUUGUCUUGUGUCAGUAUGUGUCACAAGAAAGUUAAACAAAACAAUUAUCUAUUUCUAUAUAAAGUUCAU